AUGAGUUCUCGCCAAUAUUCCGUCGUGCCAAACCGCCCCCAUUCGACGGGGGUGUCGGAGGAGUGCACAUUUGAUACUCUCGGGAAUAUUCGAAGGAUCAAAAGCCCCGCUCGCACCAGUGUAGGCCACGUCGGCAAACACCGCAGGGAUAGCUUCCGCACCCGAGAGCCACGCCGGUCGCCGACUUGUCAUGUGAAAACUACAGUGCCCCAGUUAAUUCCAGAGCGGAUGAAAGAUCUCAGGGAGCCAAAUGGCAGGCGAGGAAAGGAAGAAUCACGGGAUCUGACGACGCGCCCGGGGUUUCAAAGGUCCAUUUCAGGCCCGGUGGCUGGGCCCAGCAAUGCGGCUGUGCAAGGCCCGGGCGUGCAGAGCCUGGGACACACUCAGACGACACAUGGAAACCCUUCACGACAUGUCCACCAAACAGCCGGUGAACUAACAGGCGAUCGGAAUCUGAUUAUGGAAGAGCCAGAGGCUGAUCGGACAUCUAAAGAAAGCUUUCAGGAACCAGCGCCGGAGAUGUUUAGACAACCUGAAACCAAUCCGAUCACUGAAGAGCAAUUGAUCAAGGAAGUGCGUGGAAUCUACACGGGUCUAGUGAUGGUGGAAAAAAAGUGCAUUGAACUCGAUAAGCAACAAGGGGAUUCGAGGGCAGAGCUAUCAACGAAGCAAUGGCAGACUCUCGUCUCGGUACACAGCACGCUUCUCUACGAGCAUCACGACUUCUUUCUUGCGUCACAACACCCGGCAGCUGGCGCAGUCCUCAAAAACCUAGCCGAAAAAUAUGCUAUGCCCGCGCGCAUGUGGAAAUACGGAAUCCACUCGUUUUUGGAGCUGCUGCGCCAGAAGCUCCCUGGCUCGGUGGAGUAUAUGUUGGAUUUCAUCUACCUCUCAUACUCAAUGAUGACACUGCUACUGGAAAGCGUCACUGAUUUCAAAGAGACCUGGAUUGAAUGUCUGGGUGAUCUGGCACGCUAUCGAAUGGCUGUAGAAGGAUUUGACAAUAAGGACCGCGAGCUUUGGGCUGGCGUCUCCAGGUACUGGUAUAACCAAGACGCAAACCGCAGCCCGGAGAAUGGACGCAUCCAGCACCACUUGGCGGUCUUGUCCCGUCCAGAUAUUCUGCAACAGCUGUUUCACUACACGAAAGCACUUAUCAGUGUGCGCCCAUUUCCAAAUGCGCGAGAGAGCAUCAUCCAACUUCUAACUCCGCACAUGGAGACGCCAAUUGAGAGGUUAAAUCUGCCGACUUUGUUUGCAACUGCUCAUGGUGAACUUCUCAUGUCGAAAUCUGCCGAGAAAUUUGUCCUUCGUGCAUAUCAAUUCCUACAUGCACUAAGAAGGAACAUAGCUUUGCUAGGCCGGCAACGACAGGUUGCUGUCCAGAUUACAUCUUGCAAUAUCGCAGCGAUAUUCCAAUAUGGGAGCACAGAUGGAGUCAUGGAGACGGAAUUCAUUCAUUACGAAAACCCAGCUACAACAGAAGAAGCUAUGCUGGGAGUGCAGCCUGCCACAAAUGCAGCUCCGUUCAAUGCCUCAUAUAACGAUAUAUCAUCUCAACUGGUGUUCCGAGCAAGCUCACUCGCAUUCCACACCUUGAUAGUCAUGCUUGACCAAGUCGGGGACGAAAACAUGUAUCCGAGCGUGCAUAUUGCAAUGGCUUUUAUAUGGUGUCUCACUUUCAAGCCAGCUGCCAUAAAACGAAUCGAACCAUUGGUUCCGUGGACGAGAUUGGCAGCGUACCUGAACGGACUAUUCCAAUGCGAACAUGCGACGAAAGAUAUUGAAGCCGAAGAAUUCCCAAUACCUCCAGACCUAUUGGCCAAACAGUUGCCGGAAGACUUUUUGAUUAGAGGACAGGCUUGGAGCAAGCUGUAUUACCCAGAAGGAUUUUUCGAGGGUGCGCCCUCGGAGGACGACAGACCAACUGAAGAAGCCCCAUCUAUUAUAACUCCUAGAAGGAAUCGAUGUCUUUGGCUUGGAGUCAAAAUUGCAAAAUUCGCCCGUUGGAUAAAUUACGACCAGACACGAAGAUUCAGCGUUACUCAACUAGCAGCUGCGUAUGCACCAAUUGCAGAAAACCCCACCCAUCUUGACGGCUGUAUCUAUCCAUUCGCAUCAAAAGCUCAAGCUCAACAUGAACAGCAGAUGCAAGAGAUUUGA